GCGGCCCCGGGCUUUGCAGUUUUAAACUCAAGAUUUUUGAGCACUGAAAUAGAGCAGACUCCAUAAACAUUAACAGAAUUUUAAAGCCAAUUAAUUGUGGAGAGGAGUCUUCAAGGGUAACAUGUUCCUAGCUUUGGUUGCUGGGUAAUAGUGCAUUUAGAACGUUGGGGAACCAGGAGAUGGUUUUGUGGCAGGAAAAGUGAUGAGUUUGAGGAAGCUGGAGGAUGCUCAGCUGUGAACAUGUCCAGAAAGGCAAAUGGGUAUUCAAGUCUGGAUUAGGCAUAUAGAGGAGAGGAAAGAAUCCCCAAGGCCUGUCACUUUUGUAGGAGUUCGGUGAAUGUGUGGUAUUCUGGGUGGGAUAGAUGAUGGUAGGAGAACAAUGGGAGUGGAUGAAGAAGUGGUAGGCAUUUGGACAAAGCAGGGAAGACAAGACAGCAUCCUUAGGAUAACUUAAGUGCAGUGGCAAACAACCCUUACUGGCAAAUUCAUCCUCUUUUCCACUGAUGUCAUGCAGCACUUGUAGAGGAGAGGGUUCCUUAUGCUCUUCUGCUCCCUUAAUGAGGUUUGGUCAGUGCAAAGGUAGUCCUCAAGCCAAAGUUACAAUUGAAGGAGUCUCAUGUUUCACAAAUGUGCUUGAAUGGCUAGCAGACCAUUCAAACAGCCUCUCUCCGCGAUGACAGUAUUGUUAGACCUAGGAACUUGAAGGUAACUGGUGCUUUUCUUUGUUUUAAAUUCACAAUUUCUUUGUGGUCGUGUAGUGGAAAGAGCACAUGUUCUGAAAGUGAUAAAUUUGGUUUGGAAUCCCAACUUCCACUAAUUGUGGGAUGAUAGACACGUUAUCUAAUGAGUCUACUCACUUGUAAAAUGCCCACCCUUUUAUUAUUUGAGUACAUGAUCUUCACCAAUGAAUGUAAAUUCUUGGGGAUUUUCUAUACUUUCCUGCCCCUAUAGUUUCUAGUAUAGCAAUUUACAAUAUUGAAUUCAUGCUGAAUGACUAUUCCAGCUCUGUGCUUUCAGUUCCUAGUUUUAAUUCUUUGUUUCAUGUGCCACAAGGAGAUUUGUCCCAGUUUUCAAUUUUUUAUAGUUCUUCACAGCUCAGUUUUGGAGGUAGUUUCCUUAAUUGGAAGGGUCCACCCAAUCUCUUUCUAGGUUAAUGCAGUUGCAAGUCGGCUUUUACAGAAGUUAAGGGAUGGGGUUGGAUAGUAAAGGACACAUCAUUGAUUUUAUGGGAAAUGACUUUAGUUAAGAAAAAAAUGGGCCUAAAAUUGGUGAGUCAGGCUAGAGUAAAAAUGGAAAUUAUAUUCCAUUCGCAUUUUAUACAGAAAGCUACACCAUAAAAGGUUCAGCAGUUUAUAUGUCUUGUCUAAGCCACCUGGCAUCUAGUGGGUGCAUAUCUUUUCCAUGAAAAACAAUUAGACUGAAAAACUGCCUCAGUAAAGACACGACCCACAUACCACUAACCCAUUGCCGUCAACAUCCACUAAUCUUCCCACAGCCGAACUCACGUGGGCCACUAAACCGCAUUUAUUGGCCGGCUUCGCGCAAUGAGACACGAUGGACGUGAUGCAGCUCUCAUCUUCCGCGGUCAUAAAUAAGGUCCAUCUUAAAGCAAAUCAUGUUGUAAAAAGAGAUGUUGAUGAACAUUUAAGAAUCAAGACUGUCUAUGAUAAAAGUAUUGAAGAGUUGCUCCCUGAGAAAAGAUACCUUGUAACGAACAAACUUUUUCCACAAGCUAUUUCUUAUUUAGAGAAGACUUUUCAGGUUCGUAGACCUGCGGGCACAAUCUUACUUAGCAGACAAUGUGCAACAAACCAAUACCUACGGAAGGAUAAUGAUCCCCAUAGAUACUGUACUGGAGAAUGUGCAGAGCACACAAAAUGUGGCCCAGUUAUAGUACCUGAGGAGCACCUCCAGCAAUGCAGGGUCUGCCGUGGGGGUAAGUGGCCCUGUGAAGCAGUGGGUGUGCAAGACCAAGAGGGCAUCCUGGAUGCAGACUUUGUUCUUUAUGUUGGUGCUCUGGCCACUGAGAGGUGCAGCCAUGAAAACAUCAUCUCUUAUGCAGCCUAUUGCCAGCAGGAAGCAAAAAUGGACAGGCCAAUAGCAGGAUAUGCUAACCUGUGUCCAAAUAUGAUCUCUACCCAGCCUCAGGAGUUUGUUGGGAUGCUGUCCACAGUGAAACAUGAGAUUAUUCAUGCCCUGGGUUUCUCUGCUGGGCUAUUUGCAUUCUACCAUGAUAAAGAUGGAAAUCCUCUAACUUCAAGAUUUGCAGGUGGUCUCCCACCUUUUAAUUACAGUCUUGGAUUAUAUCAAUGGAGUGAUAAAGUAGUUCGAAAAGUGGAGAGAUUAUGGGAUGUUCGAGAUAAUAAGAUAGUUCCUCAUACUGUAUAUCUUCUAGUAACACCUCGUGUUGUCGAUGAAGCACGAAAACAUUUUAACUGUCCAAUACUGGAGGGAAUGGAACUUGAAAAUCAAGGUGGUAUGGGCACUGAGCUCAACCAUUGGGAAAAGCGGUUAUUAGAGAAUGAAGCAAUGACAGGUUCACACACGCAGAACCGAGUCCUGUCUCGAAUCACUCUGGCAUUAAUGGAGGACACUGGCUGGUACAAGGCGAAUUACAGCAUGGCCGAGAAGUUAGACUGGGGCCGAGGAAUGGGCUGUGACUUUGUCAGGAAGAGCUGUAAAUUCUGGAUUGAUCAGCAGAGACAAAAGAGGCAGAUGCUGAGCCCUUACUGUGACACGCUCAGAAGUAAUCCAUUGCAGCUAACCUGCAGGCAGGACCAGAGGGCAGUUGCAGUGUGUAAUUUGCAGAAGUUUCCGAAACCUUUACCUCGAGAGUACCAGUACUUUGAUGAACUCAGUGGAAUACCUGCAGAAGAUUUGCCUUAUUAUGGUGGUUCAGUAGAAAUUGCUGACUACUGCCCUUUCAGUCAGGAAUUCAGCUGGCAUUUAAGUGGCGAAUAUCAGCGCAGCUCAGAUUGUAGAAUAUCAGAAAAUCAACCAGAUCUUUUUAAAAACUAUGGUGCUGAAAAGUACGGACCUCAUUCAGUUUGUCUAAUUCAGAAGUCAGCGUUUGUCAUGGAAAAGUGCGAGAGGAAGCUGAGUUACCCAGACUGGGGGAGUGGAUGUUAUCAGGUUUCUUGUUCUCCACAAGGUCUGAAGGUUUGGGUCCAGGACACUUCAUAUUUGUGUAGUCGGGCCGGGCAAGUCCUCCCUGUGAGUAUUCAGAUGAACGGCUGGAUUCAUGAUGGAAACCUGCUCUGCCCGUCGUGUUGGGACUUCUGUGAGCUCUGUCCUCCAGAAACAGAUCCGCCAGCUACUAACUUGAGCCGAGCUCUACCACUGGAUCUCUGUUCCCGUUCCUCUAGCCUGGUGGUCACCCUCUGGCUUCUGCUGGGCAAUCUAUUUCCUCUGCUGGCUGGAUUUCUUCUGUGUGUAUGGCACUAGCAAUGGAAAAGUGGAUUCUCAAGACAUUCCUUUGUGUCAUGUUCCUCUGAACGAAGCACAAAAUCUGGGUGAGUGAGAGCCUCUGAAGACGGCGGACGCGGCAUUCCUGACUUGGGCUUGGCAGUGUCUACCACAGCCAGAGCUUCCCCACAGUCGCUCUUCAGCAGCCCGACAGCCCCAGAGCCUGGAGAAGAGGGAAUGCCAAGUUACCAAGUCUCUUUAGUUUUUAAGAUACACAACUUUCCUGAAGUUUUCUUUUGAAAAGGAAAUAAUCAGUGACAUUUUCAGAGUGAUUACAUACCUCAGCAUUUUCAUUAACCUAAAAUGAUAAGGAGUUCAUCAACACUGCAGUAAUUUAAAGAACAGCUAAUUAUUGCAAGAUUGUAAGCUGUGGAUCCUGUCCUCAAAAGUAUAGAUUGUCUUUUGACUUCAAGAAAAUAAUUGAAUUGGGAUUUCUACAUCACUGUUGUACCUGUUUUGAAUUUAAUGGCUAUACAUGGUACCCUAAAAAUCAUUGUUGUCAUUGUUCUAAAAAGUUUUUUGUAAUUAUGUUUUGCUGAAUCUUAUGAUUUAACCAUGCUUACCUUUUUCAAACCAGCUGUGUGGCCAUUACCCCUGAACCGUUGUGUGCUGGUAGCUCUCUUCCACCUGUGUCUGUGCUUAGUGCUCUUCUGUGCUCAGCUUCCAACUAUAUUCUCCGUUAAGUUAAUAAUGACUUGAAAAACUGUGGACGCAGAGAGAGAAAGAUUCUCUUCCCUGUAAAGACAUUGAAGACAUGCAAACAGAAGAAAACCUAUUUUAUGUUUUUCAGAUAAUAGUUAUGACAACUGUAAUCCGACAAAAGCAGAACUAUUCCUUUUUGACCAAUGGAGAUAAAAAGAAAUUCUGGUGUAGACAGGUGUGCAGUUACUUUCAAGUGAGCUUAGAAAUUGUUACAGAAGAAUUUCUACUAUCUGAAAAUUAUUUUGUAUAUAAGAAGAAGAAUAUAAGCAAAACAAGAUGGUCUGAAUUGUUUACUGAUAGCAAAGUGUAGGUUUGGUGUAGGGUCUGUCCAGUAGGGUCCACUUUACCACACAACACAUGACAGUUCACAGAAGUCAGAAGAUUGCCUCUGCUUUAGAAGGAAGCGAUGUCCUUUACCUCCUGCGUUCGACACUCCUUCUGUUACUACACAGACUCUGGGCCCCAGAAGCGAUUCUGCUCUGCUGCUGGAGCUUAUACUAACCCCGCUUAGUAAUUCCAGUUAGAAAUUCUUUAAUGAUAAGUGAUGCACAGUUUUUUCUCUCUAAAGUCCUCUAGCAUUAUAAACAUGGUCCUUGGACAAGCAUUUAUUCAUUCAUUCAUUCAUUCGUGCAUUCAUUGUUUGGCCCUUUAACUCAGCAUAUAGUUAUUGAGCACUCCAUUUAAGAAAUUGUGCUAAGUAGCAAGCAGCAUAAUUAGUGAGGAGUAAUUCCAACUGACUGUUUGGCAUUGGAGCCAAACUGCAACACCAGUAUAAAGGAAAGUCACCUUUUUCUAAGGCAUCAAUUUAAAAUACCUGUUUGCAUGUGGUUUUAAGUUGGAGGUAUUUACCGUUGUGAAAAGCCGGGAAUCUCUAGCAUGGCCAACUUCAGCUACAGAGAAGCUAGUAGUAAUGGUGUCAGGCCAGUGCUCGGUUUUCCUCCCAUGUCAUGCAAACUUUAAAUUGUGCAAGGUCAGAGAAAAGUGUAGAGUAUAUUUUUAAAGAAAAUUAUAAAAAUCUAAACUUAUAUACCUAUUGUGAUUAUGAAUCAUCUUGUAAAGUUGUAUAAAGAAUUUCACCAAAAAUACUAUGGAUUAAUAAUAUAUUUGAGAUUCACAGUGAUAGGUUCAAUUAUAUUUUGACUGUUGUGCAGUAAUGCCAUUUAGGUAGCAUUGUUUCCGAGCAUGGUGCUUUUUAUACUUGAAAUAUAUUUUUUGCUUUAUUUUUUAUUGAUAUAAAUAUAUUUGCACUAAUGACUUUCUGGAGAAAAUAUUAUAGAUGACAUUUUUUCUAUAUAUAUUUAUUAAACUUGGAAUCUGGUAGCCCAGUGUUUUCUCUGCACGAAUAUGAAACUUGAUAAAGUAUGAUGUUAAGAAAUCUUGAGUUUCUGAGGGUAGCUGACUGUGCUGGUGUCUUCCUUCCUCUUGAACAAGUCUCGAAAGUGAUUAUCACUGAUUCUGCAUAGUAUAUUCAGUGAAGAUUUAGAGGGCCACUGAACCUGAAAGAAAUUUUGAGGCCUGUUUCAGUCACUUAGAAUAUAGCAAUAUUCUAAAAACAAAGACUUUUAAAAUCCGAGAUUUCCGUGCAGAAUUGAGUGGGCUAGAAUUCAGCUUAGAACUGAAGAAUAUGAAAUAGCCUGAAUGUUGGUAUCCUGAGGCAGGUGACGCCCUUGAGGUUAACAGGACUAGUUCACUGAGGAAGAGACCAGCAGCCUGCAGCCAGGGUGGAGGUGAGGUGAGCGGAGAGGGAGCCCGGGAAGGGGCUGGUUUGGGGAUAGGAGACUGGAGACCCUUUCUGACUCAAAAAGGGUCAAGUGCUUAUAAAAACUGACUACCUCAGUUUUCAGUUCAGACUUAGGUUCAUUUUGAUAGUAUUAAGGUCCCAAUUGUCAAAAUUAUCAAGUGAAUUUGUCUCUCAGGUUUUCAAGAACAGAAUUUACAAGAAGGAAACAAAAGCCAUGUCAGCAGACUUGAGCUGGCAGCUUUAGAGAAACUGGCUAGCAGUUAGGUCCUCUGAGUGGAGACCCCUGUAAUAUUCUCCUGGAAAACAUCCUUUCCCUUUCUUCUUUCUUAAGGAUACUUAUUUUUGUUAAGACCAAAUAGACAUUCUAAAAAUGUUAUAAAUUAUGCUUAAAAUUAGUUUUAGCCUAAUACGUUGGCUUAGAGUUUUAUCAAUAUUUGAAGAUAAAACAUAAAUUAAUUAAGUUUAAAUAGUUUUAGGAAGAUACAUAAGUAAGUAUACCAGAGACUGCAUAAAAUUUUAUCAACAUUCUCUUCAAUAUUAGAAGACUCCCUGAUUAAGACCAUCUGUAAAAUGACUUGAUGCUUUCUCAGAAUCUUUCCAGCUCUAAUAUUCCACGGCUAAUACUCCUCCAGAAUGGCUAGGUCACCACUGGCUCUGUCUGACCCACCUCCUGGAGGAGGCCAGCUUGCACGUCAUGUUCAUCGCAGUGUCUUGUGCUCGAUGUCUUAGCGCUGUCCAUGUUCUUGAACACUGAAUGAAGAGAAGAGCCCGUCUCGGAGGGCGCUUGAGUAGCCCUGGCAGGAGGAGGUGGACGUCAGUCACAGCCCCACAGACCCGUUUCAUAGUGGGCACCAGUCAUUCGAGCCAUGUCCUUGCAGCUGGGGAGGACUAACACUUAAACCGAGUCUGCUGUUCAUCCUGGAGAAAGAACUUACCUGAACGGAAGGCCUUCUUUUGGAUCCAUUUAGUCAGGGUUGGGGAGGGAGUGGUGAAUUAUUUUCUUUUAUGUUUACGUUUUUAAUAAAUAAAGUAGAAGAUUUAAUAACUAAUCUUUAUUUAUGGUAUUGAACUUUAAGUGUAAUAUACUCCUUAGAAAAAUGUAACUUUAAUAAAAAUGGAAACUAAAUCUGCA